AUGGCACUGAACCAGUCAGAGCUACACAGCUCUCUUUCAGAGAUCAUUACAGGAGUCGAGUCUUCGACAGCUUCCUCUUCGUCAUCGUCAUCGUCCAACUCGAACAACGAUGAUAUAACUCCUUUCCCUUCUCCAGUACUAUCGGCUACUUCUCUAGCUGGUCUCUCACUGUCUUCCGAUGGAGAAUUAGAACCUGAAGUUGACGACAAUAAGAUAGUGACCGAAGAAGAUAGAGUCAAAGCCCUGGAAAUAAAGGCCGAAGCUAACAAGGCGUUUGGAGCUAAAGACUUCAACAAGUCCAUUGAGCUGUACACGCAAGCUAUAGCUCUCAAUCCCAAGGACAGUACUUUCUGGAACAACAGAGCUAUGAGUAAAGCUAAGAUGGAAGAACACGGCGGAGCUAUCUCAGAUGCGACCAAAGCUAUAGAAAUCAACCCAGCAUACUCUAAAGCUUACUAUAGGCGGGGUCUUUCCUACUUAUCUAUCUUGAGGCCGACAGAGGCUGUACCGGAUUUUAAAAAAGCCAUAAAAAUUGAGCCCACGAACAAACCUGCUCGAGACCAGCUGGAAGUCACUGUCAAACUCAUCAGAAAAAUCGAAUUCGAAAAAGCUAUAUCGGUUGGAGAAACAGAAUCAGCGUCAUCCAAAUGUCUUGCAUUACUCUCAUCAGGCGCCUGUGCGUUAGACACCUCCGCUUCACCUUCCUUCCCUUUACCUAUCAUCCCUCAAGAUCCAAAUGCACGAUAUAAACCCACAAAAGACUUUGUAGAGUCAAUGGUAGAAAUCUUCAAAGACGACGGCAAAAUACCAAAGAGAAUAGCAUGGGAAAUCAUUUUAGGCUGUAAAGAUGUCAUCGAGAAAGAGAAGACUAUGGUAGAAAUCAAAAUACCGGAUGGUGUGACCUGUGAUAUCAUCGGUGAUACCCACGGCCAGUUUUUCGAUGUCGUCAAUCUUCUUUCCAUGACUACACCACCAAGUGAAUCGCAUUACAUGAUCUUUAACGGUGACCUCGUCGAUCGAGGGUCAUGGUCAGUAGAAGUUGCAUUGACGGUAUUUGCGUACAAAUGGUUAUAUCCAGAAUAUGUAUUCAUAAAUCGAGGUAACCAUGAGACAAACGAUAUGAACAAAGUAUACGGCUUUGAAGGCGAAUGUAAAGCUAAACUUGGUGAAAUGACUUUCAAGCUCUUUGCCGAUGUGUUCACUUCUUUACCCCUUGCCGUGCUCGUAUCUGCGACCCAGCCACCUGCGUCUUCUAAAUCUGAAGGAUCACAACCGGCCAUAUUGUCUGAGGGCAGAAGGCGAUUCUUCGUAUGUCACGGAGGACCACCAGUCAGUAAAGAUGGGGUGACAUUGGAUGAGGUCAGAAAGAUCGAUAGAUUUGGAAGACAACCUGGUCAAGAAGGCAUAAUGUGUGAAAUGUUAUGGACCGAUCCCCAGGAACCUACAGGACGAGGUCCAUCCAAGAGAGGUGUCGGGUUAGGCUUCGGCCCUGAUGUCACCAAAAGAUGGUGUGAUCUCAACAAGAUAACCGCAGUGAUCAGAUCACACGAAGUCCGAGCAGAUGGUUAUGCUAUUGAGCACGAUGGAUUGUGUAUAACGGUUUUCAGCUGCCCCAAUUACUGUGAUUCGACAGGAAAUAAGGCCGCUUAUAUCCGAGUGCAAGCCAAUGGGUCCCUGUCAUAUCAUCAAUUUGAUGCUGUACCUCACCCUCCUAUCAAGCCUAUGGCAUACAGCAGUGGAUUCAACUUUGGUGGAUUUUAG